AUGGCGAGAAAAAAUACAUCGGUCCCCCCACUGAAACGUCGUCUAUAUUCGCCAUGUACUAUUUUUGGCACCUUCGUUCUAUUUUAUAUUGUGCAUGCGCAAACCUGCUGCAUGGUUUCACUCGUACGAGGAACAAUAACCACACUUGACACCCUCACUCACAAACCUCUCUACCGGUACAGGACAGUUGCGACCCCAGGUACAGUCUCGUCAGCGCAGCUUAAGAACGCAGCAUCCAGCUCAGCCUGGCUCUCGACCUUUAACCAGGGACCCCUUACAAGUACACGGCACAGGACCAUAACUUGUCGACAAAACACGCAUAUUCGGAUGUUAAAACUAGUACUGUCUCUGCUGCUGAGUACAACAGCGCAGGCAGUGGCACAAUCAACAGGACCGUCUCAACCGCCGCCCAUGAGCCAGCCCAACACCCAAUACCCCGUGUACACACCGACCAACUUCGUGCGACUCAUGGUGGUGGCCCAGUACAACUACGUCACAAAUGCGCCUUUUCUGACGGCGGUGGUCACGACCCAAGGAGACGACCUGGUGGUAGCAUCGAUUCCUAACGGAGACCCUCCCACGGCGUUCAACGUGACGGAAAAAGGCUUCAGAGCACAGAACGGCAAGUUCCUACAUUUUGAUAAGGUCCAGGGUCGCUUGCAUCUCGACAGUGACCCGCACAAUGAAACACAAUACAUGGACGAUGGCUCCAUCUACAGUACAGAUGUCCCCGGUGAAUAUGUCGGCCUCAAUCUGUGUCCCCAAGCGAGAAACAUCUUCACCCUCCGGUUCGGUGUCCCUUGUACAGACUACUAUGUACAGCUGUUUCCCAUUCCUCCCCAACACCUCACUGGCCUGUGGGAAAACCAUACACAGUACCCAUCGCCCCGCCAACGAGGCUGGAUGAACUGGGAUGCCGAAAACAUCACCCUGGGCGAUAACACCACGUUGGCACCAAUGCUUUCGAUACAGACGAUUGGAGCAAGCCACAAGCUGGAGAUGGCGUGGACCUGGGUCCUUCUAGCAUUCACUAUGUUCUUCUUUUGA